GCUCUUCAUCAUCUUCAUCAACCCAACCUCUCUGAACUCCCUCUCUGUUCAACUUGAUUUUCCCUUUUUACCCUUCUCCAUCCUUCGUAUUCAAAGAUGAUGCACAUGACCUUCUAUUGGGGCAAAACCGUAACUAUACUCUUCGAUUCAUGGCGCACCGACUCUUGGUUCAGUUACCUUCUCUCUCUUCUCGCCCUCUUCAUCGCUUCCUCUUUCUAUCAAUACAUGGAGGACCGUCGGAUCCGCUUUAAGAUUCUCGCCAGAUCUAAAUCCCCUCCAUCUCCACCGUCCGUUCAAACCCCUCUCCUCCUUUCCUCCUCGUCCUCCGCCGCCGCCGCCCGGCUCGCCGCGUCGGUGAUCUUUGGCGUCAACUCCGCCAUUGGGUACCUUCUCAUGCUCGCCGUGAUGUCUUUCAACGGGGGAGUGUUCGUCGCGGUGAUCUUCGGGCUCGCCUUUGGGUAUUUCCUUUUCCGGAGCGCUGGCGAAGAGGAUCUUGUCACGAUUGAGAACGCUUGUGCUUGCGCUUGAUCUGUUGGUCCAGAUCUAGAUUGAAAGAUUGAAAGGUAUGAUUUUUUUUUUGUUUUGUCUGUUUGUGAUUUGAUUGUUGCGAGUUUAAUUUGUUUGUGAUGGUUUGGUUGUGAAUUUUGAGUUAAUUUAUGAUGAUUAUGAAAAAAUUGGUGUUUUGUGAUGGUGAUUAUGGGGUUUGGGUGAGUGUUUAGAUUGUGAUUAUCUCUUAAUUAAGCUUUUUUAAGCUUAUUUUUA